AGCAGCGACUCACGCCGACACCGCCGAGGAACGAGCCGCCACACGGUUCUCGCCCGUUAUCUGACCUCAGGGGUGAAACAGUCGGCCGGCGUCCUGCAGCGGGAGACGCCCUCCAUCCUCAGCGGGGACACUCGGGGUAAACCUGCGGUCUCUUUAACACUGGCAGACGUGGUGAGUGUACCUGCGUAACCUGGUCCAGCUUUGGGAGCUGGUUAAGACCUGGAUCUGGCUGUAGCCUCAUAGUAAUCCUCUAAAGAGCAUUAGCGGGCUAAGUUUGGCCCUGGACUGUGGCAGGCGGAGAAAAGGGGCUUCACUUCAGGUUUGUCAGCAUGAUGCAGAUUUCUGAAUCCUACAAGCAGAAGAACUCGCUCUUCAACGCCAUGAACCGCUUCAUCGGCGCCGUCAACAACAUGGACCAGACGGUGAUGGUGCCCAGCCUGCUGCGGGACGUCCCGCUGGACGACGCAGAGGACUUGAAGGCGGUGAGCGGCGCUAACGGCACCAACGGCGGCGCCUACUUCCAGCAGGUCGGCGACAUGUACAGCUCGUACGUGCUCCUCAAGUCCAUCCGCAACGACAUCGAGUGGGGCGUCCUGCAGGGCGAGGAGCGGCGGAAGGAGAAGGCGGUCGUGGUCGAGGCGGCGGCGGCAGAGGAGGACGACCUGGAGAAACAGUUUCAUUUCCACCUGAAAGGACUCCACGCCGUCCUGUCCAAACUGACCUGCAAGGCCAACACGCUCACGACCCGCUACAAGGAGGAGAUCGGCUGCGGGAACUAACUUAUAGACACUAUUGUAAACGUCUGUGCAGGCGGUUUAAACGCGUUUUAGCUCAUUAACUACAAGUCUGUUUACUUACUGUGAGGAACUGUCGAAAUAUAAACGAGCAUCGGGCAUAAAUAUGUUUUCAACACGGUGAAUCUGACCGGACGUUUGAUGCCCGCAGCUUUCGAGAAUUCGGAGACACGUUUCAGUUUGAAGCAAAUCUGAGAGACUUGAAACUGCUGCCCAACAGAGACCUUUUUAAAACUCAUGGUUGGUCUUACUCUGUGUUCGGGGAGGACCUGGUCUUGAAAUUGUGAAAACUACUGAAACAAAAGGGGACCCGAGUGAGAUCCCUGAGGGACUAAAACUCCGACUAUCUCGAUCCUGACCGUUUCAACACGUCUCUUUUGGGUCCCCCAACUUUUUAAAUGCUAGAAAAGAUAAAAGUCACUUUGUCCUCCUUUUUGUUUGGCUUUCUGACCUCCGUCCUCGAACGAGCCAACUGCACCGCCACACAUUAACAACUUUAACCCGAAGUCCAUUAAACUUUAAUGGGCAGCAGAUUUCAGGACUCCCGGGUUGGUUUUCAUGGAAGGAAACGCUGAUGAUUUGUAAAGUUAAUGAGCUCAAAACGCGCAGAAACACCGGCGCGGUUCAUUAAAGAGCAUUUAUGUCCAUCACAAAGGGACUGCGGGACGUCGGGGUUGGACACCGGAAAGCUGCUGUUGUCUGCAGGCGUCUGUCCGACUCAGCAGGUUCACUGUGGGUGUCUGUUUUUCUUGGGACUGUCUGCACUUUGUUUUCAGGGUUCGUCCGCCUGUUGUCUUUUUGUCCGUCCUCGUCCCCCCGCUUCAUGCUGUACAUUCAGGAAUGUUUAAUAUCUGGUAAUCCUGCCUCACAUGUUCACAGCUUCAUUUUGGCCAGCGAGUUAAUUUUCGGCAGACUGAUGUUACUGAAUAUUUUUGGGUUUUAGUUUAAUCUGGUGCUAAACUACUGAAAACAGACACAUGAAGCACUUUAACAGUUUCUGGACAAUCUGAUCCUAGUGGAAAAUAAUUGAUGUGUUGAAAACGUUGCCCAGCGGGGACGGGAUGAUCUGAUGAAGACGUUAAAAUGGGUCAGACGCGAUCGGUGAAUCCACCGUGACGAGCUGCGGGCCUCCGGUUACCUUGAUGUAAAAAUAAUUAAAGAUACACUUUCUCAUUUUGUCCCACAAACAAACACCGGAGAACAUAUCAAACUGUCUUUAAUUGAAGGUCACCUGAGGCUGGAGCAGCAGAGAACAGCAGCUUCAUGGUCGAAGACAUUUCUGUGAAAAUAAUAAUGUAACGUUACAGAGCUACACAUUUUUCUAUUUCAUGUCCAGCUUGGCAAUUAAAGGUUUUUGAUGAGUA